ACGUUGGGGGAAAAAAAAAGAAGGCUACGUUGAGGAGGUGAACGAGAAAUAUGAAGUCAUCUUGGCGAUCUGAGUGUAUUCUGUGAAGACCGGAUUCUGUGAGUGAGGAGCAGGAAGGACAGAACCUUCUCUGCUCCCAGGAGGAAGGAGGGAUGGGCAAACGGACGGGGGUUUUCAAGGUGGGAGGAGGGAGGCAUCAGAAGGGAGGCGGUGUCGAUGAUCAUCAUGACGAUGGUUGUGCCAAUCAACGCAAGGGAGAGGGUGAGCUGCCACGUGGCAGUUCUCGGGGUUGGCUAAAGUGGACCGAUGCCACUGGUUCGAAUAGAACAACGAGUGCUGCUGCUGCUGCGGCGGCGGCGGCGGAGUGUGCAAGUGGCAGCUCUGCCGGCCGAUCCCACGAAACUGACGAUGCUUGUGUAAUUCUAACGGCUUCGGAAAUUCUGCCACGUGGCAGCUCUACAACCGGUCGAUCGCACGAAGCUGGCGACACUACCGGUAGUGUAACUCUAACGGCUUCGGAAAAUCCGACACGUGGCAGUCCUUUAGGUAGCUUUCUGAAAGUAACUGCGAGCAACGUUGCAGCUGUCCAUCGGACGGCGGAGAAUUCUCCACGUAGCGAUCGAACUACUACGCUGGUCUCGAUCGAUCCCGCAUGUCCUAUGAGGACGCCUGCCGCCGGCUAUGCUAAUCGAGCGGCGUACGAGCCUCCUUAUGCUGGCGGUAGUUGUCCACCUGCUGCCUCGGAGGAGGAGGAGGAGGAGGAGGAGGAGUCUGCACUUGGCAGCUCCGCUGGCAGAUCCAAUGGAAAUGGUAAUGCUGGGCCCAAGCGCGCCGCCUCCUUGGCACAUCCGCCGCCACGUGGUGGUCCCGGCUCAGGCAGGUGUCUAAGAGUUGCUGUGCUUCCUGCUGGUGGCACUAGUAGUGGCGGCGUCAAUCGGACGGCGGAGGCGGAGGCGGAGGCGGCGGCGGCAGAGAAUCCGCCACGUGGUGGUCCCGGCUGUCUGAAACGAACGGCUGCCACCGCCACCGACCGCGAUGGCGGCAGCGGGGGUGUGAAUCGAGCGGCGGAGAAUUCGCCACGUGGCGGUUCAGCAGGAUGUCUCAAGAGAACAGGUGCCGCCGAUGCUAAUCGAACGGCGGAAGAUCCUCUGUGUGGUGGUGGUUCCGGCUGUCUCACAGGAACAGGUACCGCCGACCCAGAUCGAGCGGUGGAGAGUCAGACACGUGGCGCUCCAGGAGGAGGAUGUCUACAUGGAGCCGCUCGAGGUCGUCAAUCUACGACCGUCGAGCCGGGCGGCGUCGCCGACGGGUCGCCACAUCCACCACAUCCUUGUGCUCCUGCUGCUGCUGUGGCAAUUCAGAAGCAAAACCACUACAACUUGCGGCAACAAGAGGCGCAUCAUCGGCACAACUUGCAGCUGAGUAAGACAUACGCGCCGGUUCUGAGUAGGAUAUGGGCGGGGUGGCUUUCGAGGUUUCUAUGUAGGGCGAAGGAGAGGAGCGACAGAAACCGCCACGUGCACAUGGGAGAAGGGUGCAUGGCAGGGAAAGGUUCGGGGGUCUUGCCGGAUUUCGCUGAGGCCGCUCGAUGCUUUGGCCAGGCGUCGCGUCAGGGGGACCCCACAGGUCACUUUUGGAUGGGAUGGCUCCACGAGGAAGGAAAAGGCGUCGAGAAGGAUUUUUCAAAGGCCGUCAAGUUCUACAAGAAGGCAGUGAAGCCUGGGCCCACACCUGCGGAGCAAGCAGAAAUUGACCGCAGGCUGGCAGAUAAGAAAAAGGAAAAAGAAGCAAAGAAAAAACAGAAAGAAGAAGAAGCAAGAAAAAAAAUGAAAGAGAAAAUGGACAAGGAACUAGAAGAAGAAUUGAAAAGUAUACAAGAAGAAGAAGAAGAAGAACAAGAGGAAGUGGAGACUUUAGUAAGACGUCGUCCCAUUGACAUCCCGGAGAGUAGUACAGCACAACGGCUUCCGGUUGAACCGCUAAAUUGGGCUGAUCAGUCUUAUUACUCCAGCGAAAUCCUAAAAGAGUCUGAAGAAGAACGUGAUGUGUUCAUUGUCAAAUUAGCCACGGUGACAGAUACGCUUGAACGCAAUCUGAUGAUGGCAGAGAAAAGGGCUGAGUUGAACAGCAAGUUGUUAGCAUCCAGAAGGCAAGAAGUGAACGAAAAGAAAAGGCUGCAAGCAGAAGGGGAGAAAUUGCAGAAAGCUCUAGAAGCGCAAAAGGAAAACCCCUCUGAAACUGAAGCACAGCUUGCGCUUCUCAGGGAGGCCGUCCUCAACACGAGGCAAGACAUGGACUUAAUGCGUCAGACUUUGCAACGCGUAGAAACACAUCGAGUGGAAUUCGAAACAGUUUGGAACAACUUCUUGGAAAAGUCAGCCAAGGAUGUGGACCAUCAUGUUCAGACCUAUAUCCAGGCUUUAGAUGACCACGUCAGUAAGACAUUCACCCCCGAAGUUAUAGAAAAGAUUGUAAAGGGAGCUAGAGGCGACGGAGGAGAUGGAGAUGGCGACGGCGAUGAUGAUAAGAAAGGAAAGAGGAAGAUUGGGGAUCCAAAAGAAAAACUUCCUCAGGAAACCGGGCAGCGUAUCCCAUACUGGGACAGGGUGUUGAUGGCAACUUCGUACAUGGGAGGCGACGCCAUGAGCUUCGCCAUCUCGCUGCAGAAGGAGGCGGGGUGCAACUCUAUGGUAGAAUAUUCGCAGCAAACCCGAAUCGAAGAUUUCCUUAAGUUAAUAAGAGAAAGAUUUGAGGACAAAAACUUGGCAAGACGCACAAAAAUGUUGAUCCUCAGCCUUCCUGAUAGGAAGUGGAAGAGUACUUCUGCACUAAAGGCCACUAUGGAUGAAUUAUUGCAAUGCCCUGAUCACGGGUUGACGCCGGCCCAAAUCUUAAACAGUUUUGCACGAGCACUCCCGGAUCCCCUGAGAACGCAACUCUAUCCCCGCACAAAGGAAGAGGGGAUGACGUAUGAGAAGUUCGGCAAGAUCGCAAUAGAUCAUGCCGGCUUCCUCGCUGAAGCGAAUUAUUGYCAUUAUUGGAAGGAUCUGCAAGCGGGUAAGAGAUGGCAAAACCGCACUAUCUCAGGGUCUAUACCUGGGAAAGACAGUCUCCUUCUAACCUUUGAAGAAGGAGGCGCCGAGACCAUCUCCUGGGAUCAGGUUGACUAUGGUCUCGAUGAACCCAACAGACCGAUAGCUCAGGAGGGGAGUUACGCGGCUGUUGCAGCCCGCGGGGGAGGGCGUCAAGGAAGAGGGUGUGGCCGAGGAAGAGGUCGCGGCCGUGGUGGACGAGGAUUCGACACCCAGAGGGGUGGUGGUGAAGGAAGCCACUACGUGGGAGGACGAGGAAAUGGUCCCUCAUACGGUGGCCGUGGUUCUUACUCCACCUGGGGUAGAGGAAGAGGCUCAUGGUACAACAAGUGGGAUAAGCCAUACCCACCUCAUCCAGGCCUGCCGGAAGGAGAGCCUUGGAAAGAAUUGGGAAUCACAGGAAAAGCGCGAAUGACCCUUAAGUUGACAAGGUGGGCUGCGGAAAUUGAUAUGUUUGACUUUGAGCUGAAGCCAGUCAAGGGUAGGCAUCCUGAGACUAAUGGUCAGACUGAGCAGAUGAAUAAGACAUUGCAGCAAACUUUGCGCAUGUACAUUCGUCCCGAUCAGAUUGACUGGGAUGAACAUCUGCCUAAAGUUGUCAGUGCCUAUAAUAACUCUGUACAUCUAUCUACAUGUAAGACUCCUAUGGAGUUACAUCUGGGAUGGCGUCCACGCAGACCCAUUGAUCGGUUGAACCCUGAUCAAGUCCAUAAGCUUCCUCUAGGAACUAGUGAAUUUGCAGUCGAAUAUCAAAAAGACAUUGAGAAGGUAAAAGAAAGCAUACUCAAAGCCCAGCAUCAGAUGAUUGAACAAGCAAAUAAGCAUAGGCGCCCGUCUCAAUUUGCUGUAGGAGAUUUGGUUUGGGUGAAAUCCAAAGAAUUUGCUCCUGAAGAGAACAUCUCUCAAAAGCUUUUACCCGCAUACAGAGGACCUUGGCAGGUUCUAGACGUAAUUGGAGAUGUGGAUGGGCCUUCGUAUGUCAUUGAGAUUCCUCCUCAUCUACGUACAUAUCCAGUGUUCCAUGCGUCCAAGCUCUUACCUCGUGUAACGAAUGAGCUCUUCCCAAGUCGCCGCUCAGCGAUACCUCCAAGUAUGGAUGGGAAGUAUGACAUAGAUAAAAUUGUUGCAGAAAGUACUUACCACACUGGACGUAGAGGCAGACCACAGCGACAGUAUAAGGUGAGGUUUGCAUACCAAAAUCCUAGUGAAGAUCUCUGGUUUACAAGAGAAGAGCUGUUAGAUUCUGCACCUCAUAUUGUGUCUGCAUAUGAAAGCGCAAAGAGAGGGAUUCAUAUCCUUGAUAGGUAAAUGAUUCUCAGAGGACUUCAAAAUUAGGCCGGCGAGAGUAAAAGGGCCUUUACCCG